AUGUCCUUCGACAAGAACUCAGUUUGGUUCAUCACUGGGGCUUCGUCCGGCCUGGGAAAAUCCAUCACAAAGGCCGCAUACGAAUCAGGCUACCAAAUCGCCGCAACAGCCCGCUCAGUCAGCGCACUCUCAUAUCUCCCCGACAAGCAGCGAGUGCUCAAGGUCAGCCUCGAUGUCACCUCUGGCGAGCAAAUCGAACAGGCCCUUGCCGCGGCCGUCGCCCACUUUGGCCGGGUAGACGUCGUGGUUAACAACGCGGGCUACGGCCAACGAGGGGAUACCGAGGCCGUUAGCGACGAGGAUGCACGGCUUCAAGUAGAGACGAACUUUUGGGGUCCUGUUAGGAUUACUCGCGGUGCGCUCAGGAUAUUUCGGGAGGUGAACCCCGCUGGUCAAGGUGGCACCAUCGUGCAGAUCUCGUCUGUUGGCGGGUGGGUUGGUUUUCCGGGAAAUGCGUAUUAUCAUGCGAGUAAAUUCGCUCUCGAAGGCUUCACCGAAUCCGUCGCAAAAGAAAUGGAUCCAUCGUGGAACAUCAAGUUCCUCAUCGCCGUGCCCGGCGGUGUGAAAACCAACUUUGCAGCCACCAGCCUCAAGACGAUCCCACGCCAUCCGGCCUACGAUACGCCCUUGAGCCCGCUUACCCAGAUCCUGCGGUACAUCUCUCAACCUACGGCGCAGGACACAUGGAGCGAUCCGGAUGUAUGUGCCCAGCUGCUUGUCGACACCGUCGCGAACCAAAAGGACAGACCGCUGCCGGUCAGGCUGCUCAUGGGUGCGGAGACGAUUCCUCUGCUUGAGGGUGAUAUGGAGAAGACGAGGGCAGAGAUGCAGGCGUGGAAGGCUGAGACGGAGAGGUGUUCGCCCGGAGGUGGCGCACAGAUGAAGUUUGGUGACAGCAAGUGAAUGUGAGAAUGCUCACGGUACCCCAUGAUCAGAGAUAGUUGGUUUGAGUUGUUUGGUAAUAUUGUACACUACUAUCUUGUUGUAGGGUCAUUCUGCGCUCA